UCAGAUGUAUAAUGAGAAGCAAAAAAACUACGAAAUCAUAAUCAUUAACAAGUCAAAAACGUCACACCAUUACUUCAAUUAUUCAAAACGGACACACAACAAAACGUUGCCGCGCCUAUAAAAAUACACACUCACACACCAAUCCUCUUCUUCAUCAUCUCUUAAGCUUAACAAUGGAAUCCUCUCCUACCAUUUUCUUCUCCGUUCUCCUUCUCAUCGUCUUCUCACUCUCAUCAUCAUCAUCUGCUAAAACAUCAUCAUCAUUCCGACCUAAAGCUCUCAUUCUCCCAAUAACAAAAGACCGUUCUACACUCCAAUACACAACCGUCAUCAACCAACGCACACCUCUCGUCCCCGCUUCCCUCGUCUUCGACCUCGGCGGUCGAGAUACCUGGGUCAACUGUGAAAAAGGCUACGUCUCCACCACUUACCGCUCCCCUCGCUGCAACUCCGCCGUCUGCUCACGCGCACGCUCCAUCAGCUGCGGCACAUGCUUCUCCCCUCCCAGUCCUGGCUGUAGUAACAACACUUGCGGCUCUUUUCCUGAAAACUCCGUCACCGGAUGGUCUACUUCCGGCGAAUAUAUUAUAGACGUCGUCUCGAUCCAGUCCACUAACGGAUCCAAUCCUGGCCCGUUCGUUAAAUACCCCAAUCUGAUAUUCAGUUGCGGAUCAACGUCUCUUCUUAAAGGACUCGCUAAAGGAGCCGUUGGUAUGGCCGGAAUGGGACGUCACAACAUCGGCUUACCGUCUCAGUUCGCCGCCGCGUUUAGCUUCAACCGCAAGUUCGCCGUGUGUCUAACUUCCGGCAAAGGAGUCGCCUUCUUCGGCAACGGACCUUACGUUUUCCUCCCCGGAAUCCAGAUCUCGCGGCUCCAAACGACGCCGCUUCUCAUCAAUCCGUUUAUACAGAACGAGAAAUCCCCAGAGUAUUUCAUCGGCGUGACGGCGAUUAAGAUCGUCGAUAAAACGGUUCCGAUCAGUCCAAAGCUUUUGAAGAUUGACGGCAGCACUGGAAUCGGAGGAACCAAGAUCAGCUCCGUGAAUCCUUACACGGUGAUGGAGUCAUCCAUCUAUAAUUCUUUCACGUCGGAGUUCGUUAGGCAAGCAGCGGCGAGGAACAUGACGAGAGUUGCGUCGGUGAAACCGUUCGGCGCGUGUUUCAGAACUGAGAACGUCGGCGUCACGCGCGUGGGAUACGCCGUGCCGGAGAUCCAGCUUGUGCUUCACAGCAAGGACGUCGUGUGGAGGAUCUUCGGAGCCAACUCGAUGGUGAGUGUCAGAGAUGACGUCAUCUGUUUGGGUUUCGUUGACGGAGGAGUCGACGCGAAAACCUCUGUGGUGAUCGGAGGGUUCCAGUUGGAGGAUAAUUUGGUUGAGUUCGAUUUGGCGACUAACAGAUUUGGGUUCAGUUCUACCUUAUUGGGCCGUAGCACUAACUGCGCCAACUUCAAUUUCACUUCCACCGCUUAGAUUGGAUUAAUUUUUGUUGUUAUCAAUUUCCUUGCCAAAAAAACAAAUGUGUUUCAGAAUCUAUUAUGUUAUUAUUUUGGAGCUUAUUUUCAUGUCAUUUUCUAUCAUUUGAUCUCAAUAAAUAAUAUUGAUGUA